ACUAGAACUUUGAAAGGUCAUAUUUGGGUUUGUAUAUUACAUAGUAAGGGGAUGAAUGGUGACUAGAGAACCAAGGGUACUAGUCCACGUAACAGCUACCAUCCCAUAGUUUGAUAUAGUCUUAAAUACAGCUAUUGAUAUAUUAGGGAUGACAAAAUGAUGUUCAUAUUCAACUGGAUAAAAAAGACCUUGAUUGCAUUCGGUUGGCUUAACAAGGAGGGCAAAAUCGUAUUUCUCGGUCUUGACAAUGCAGGGAAAACCACCUUGUUGCGUAUGCUAAAGGACAAUAGGCUUGCUUGUCAUACCCCUACAGUCCACCCUCACAGUGAGCAGUUAACACUUGGCAAGGUCAAUGUCACAGCCUUUGAUUUGGGUGGUCACGAGACUGCUCGUAGGGUAUGGAGGCAGUACUGCGGUAACGUCGAUGCUGUCGUUUUUUUGAUUGACGCUUCUGACCGUACCAGGUUCCAGGAAUCUGCCGAGGAGUUGCGCGCUUUGAUAAACCAGGAGGAACUGUAUCACAAGCCUUUUGUAAUAUUAGGCAACAAGAUCGACAACCCAUCUGCUGCUUCUGAGGAUGAACUCAGGUCGCAUUUGGGUCUUUUGGCAGGUGAGACUUAUGGCAAGGACUGUGGUCCUGGUCGUUGCGUGAGGCCAAUUGAGGUUUUCAUGUGCAGUGUGCUGCGCAAGCAGGGUUACGCUGAGGCUUUCAAGUGGCUUGCUCCUUUUUUGCAGGACUCUAGCAGCUGAAUUAUGAAGGUCGUUUAGAAUCAUCGCGUUACUUAGGGGGCACCUUAUACUAGUCUUCAGGAUCGAUUCACUAUCUAGCCAUACGGAGCUUUUAGAUAGUGUCAUAGGUAUACUUAACAUUCGGAUUCUGGACGCACUUUACCUAUAUGUAAAGGGGUGCUCCUAUGUCAAUUUAAAAGCAAGUCGUUGCCACAGUAGUU